CAAAACAAAACACGAAGGAAAUGAGAUAUUUUCGACGUUAAUUAUAAACGGCUGUUGUUGGUACAUCCUUUGAAAUAAUAAGUGAAAUCAAUGCUGAUUUGAGAGGAAACCAAUCGAGUUACCAACCAGUUAUGCUAGAGUUAAUUUAUAGCAUAUCAACUGAACAAAAUUGUGAUGUUUCUCCUAACUGGCCUGAAAACCCGUACUCUGAAUUCGAGAGUAAACCCACCAUACUCCAGAAGAGUGGAACUGAAAACGAGGACAUAUUGCGAGGUAUCGUUAAAGUCGAACGUAAUGACGACAUGAACGACGUUGUGGGUGGCAAUAAUCAGUCAGCAUCGUUCACAGAGACGGGAACAGCGGUAACGCACCUUACCUCGGUGUUUGAUAAUCGAGAUGUUAGAGUUAAAACUAAUGACCAGGAUUGUACGUAUGCUACGAUAGGUGUCAUUGAUCAGAGGACGCAUACCGAAGAGUGUUUACCAGAGUUUCGAUCAAAUCGUGAUAUUGUUGAUUUACAUGGGGUUGCAAAAAAGGGCACUUCCACCCGCUUAACGUGUGAGCUCUGCGGUAAAGCCUAUUUCAGUGAAGAUGCAUUGGUACAUCAUCGUUUGAAACAUAAGGAUACAAAUGAAUGUGACUUUUCCUACCUUUGCUCAUACUGCGAUAGAUCCUUCACGACGAAAUAUCGCAAAGAAUGCCACGAACAGAGUCAUACAAAAAGCUACAAGUACAAAUGUCGCUUUUGUGAUAAGGGAUCGAUCUUAAGAAAAACUAUUCUAUGUCAUGAGGCUCAAGAACAUAGUUAUAUUAGCGCGGAUUCUGUUCUGCAUUCUUGCUCCGUUUGUGGCAAAACUUUUGCUCACGUAUCUACGCUUGCAUUGCACGAAUCGAGUCACAGCAGUGAACAUCCCGUUGAAUGUGAGCGAUGUGAUAAAAAGUUCAAAAAUGUCCAUCAAAUGAAACAUCAUCUGAGAACGUAUCAUCUUAAAAAUCAAAGAAAAUUGGAACGAAAAAAACCCGAACCUAUAAUACUGGAACCGCUCACGGAUGGAAUUCUUAUAGAAGUUGAAAUGAACGAAUCCGACGACCCGGAUAACGACCAUCAGAAAUUGGAAGACGGACGAAAUUUUCAUCAAGCUGGGAUGAUUGCGAAUGUUAUAGAGAUGCCAAGAAAUCACUGUUGCGACCAUUGUGACGAAACAUUUUUCCACCGGCGAAGUUUAUUCGCUCACCGGGCAAAAAUACAUGGCAUUGAGGAAAGGGAUGUCAUGGUAAGAGCCAAACAGGCAACGAAAUAUCCCUGCGAAGAUUGUGACAAAACGUUUUUUCACAAGCUGAGAUUAUCCGCCCACCGGGCGAAGAUACAUGGUAUUGGGGAAAAGGAAGUUAUAGAAAAAGCAAAACAGAGAAAAAGAUAUUCCUGCGUGGAUUGUAACAAACAUUUUUUCCAUCGGCACAGAUACAACGAUCAUCGUACGAAGGUGCAUUUUAUCCAGAAUAUUAAAGCUCCUCCCUCUCGUCUUACCUGCGAUACUUUGACACACCAACGCGCAGCGCUUAGCUCUUCAAAUAAACAUGUGUUAAAUCAUAACUCACCACCUUUGAAUGAACGGUACUUGAGUAGUCUGCAGUCGUAUGACCUGAACAUGACACUUUUCUCAUUCACCGAAGAGGGCGUAAACAGGAAGCUGUGUUGUCUCGAAGCCUCAAAAGGAGCCGGACCGGAUAAGCUGCAACCUUCCUUCAUCAAGGCAUGUAGCUCCUCGUUGGCUUUGCCUUCUUCUUUGCUCUUCAACCGUUCGCUGAGAGAAGGACAAUUUCCCGCAUUAUGGAAAACGGCAUCAAUAAUCCAAAUUCAUAAAGCAGGUGACGUCCACGAUGUGCAGAAUUACAGGGGAAUAUCGAUACUAAACUGUAUUCCGAAAGUUUUCCAAAGUAUGCUGCUGGACCACAUAUACCCAGCAGUCCGCCACUUCAUCGCAAACGAACAACAUGGGUUUGCCAAAAAACGGUCUACUGUAACAAACCUCAUGAGCUACGUAUCCCUACUGAUUGACAAAAUUAAGAAACGACAACAGGUGGACGCCAUUUACGUUGACUUCACGAAAGCAUUCGACCGCGUUCCCCACACCCUUGCUGUGGAAAAACUUAGGCGUUUCGGGUAUCCGCUUUGGUUAACCAAUUGGAUUAACUCGUAUCUGACUGAUCGUUGUGCAUACGUGCAGAUUGGCUCGUCAGUUUCAUCGCUCUUUUCUGUCACCUCUGGCGUGCCGCAGGGCAGUCACUUGUGUCCUUGGUUAUUGCUCUUUGUACUUUUCGUUAACGAUAUUUGCACUGUUCUCAAAUCGCCUAAAAUGAUGUAUGCAGACGACCUGAAAUUGUUUCGUGUAGUAACAUCACACGCGGAUUGCUGUGCUCUUCAAAUGGAUGUAAACACCCUGCUGGAUUGGUGCUCGAUGAAUGGCAUGGAAGUGAACAUCAGGAAAUGUCACGCGAUAACAUUUUCGCGACUUUGCUCACCAAUCACUUUCGAUUAUACGAUGGGAUCGACCGAAGUGGAAAGGGCUGCAGCUGUUAAAGAUCUAGCAAAUACAAUCAGCACGCAGCCGUUUUGUACUAGCACAGAUGUUUGUUUACAUUGCUCUCUUCGCAGUAAUUUGCCCGUUCCUCGUGAAUAUAAAUGCAUACCUAUCAUCUGCAUUCGAAGAAUGCCCCGAGAGCGCCCACUUCUAGAUCUGCAAGAUGUAAGUGAACAGAUAACUGAGAAUGAAGAUGAGAUUUCAGGAGACGAAGACCGCAUAUGGCUGUCAGAGUCAGGAACGGACUCCUCGACGAAAAAAAACAGAGGUCGUCCUCGGAAUCCUAGACCCAGUGUGCUGUCGAUAUCGGAACUGCAGGAUAAUGGAGAAAUCGUUGCCACCGACGAUAAAAGUGCUAGCUGUCCGGCAGUGGAAUCAAGAAAAAUGGGCAGACCUGCGAAGCAAAAGGCAGAAGAUUCGUCGAGUGAGUCGAAGCGGAAAAGUGGACGUCAAAAAGACUCCACCAAAUCGAACGUUACGUGUGAAAUCUGUGGCAAAUUCUUCAAAUUCCGAGCUACCUUGAAACAGCAUGAACAGAUCCAUUAUGGUAUCAAGGAGUUUGAGUGUGAAGUCUGUCACAAACGCUUCCUACACAAAGGAACGCUAAAAGUUCAUCUCCGACUGCACACCGGGGAGAUGCCUUACAAAUGCCCACACUGCCCGAAAAGGUUCCGUGGGCAGACGGCACUGGAUUGUCACGUUUUUAGACACACAAAGCAGGGAACCAAAUGUCCCCAGUGUUCGUCGAUUUUCGCAACACCAUCGAUCGUGAAGCAACAUAUCAGGGAAGUUCACACAACCGAACGAUCGCACACGUGCCAAAUCUGUGGCGUAACUUACAAACAUCGAAAGAGUUUGCGGUUGCAUCUGCGUAACCAUCAGAAGCGAGUUUGUCCGGACUGUGGGAAGGUGUUUCAUAGCGUUUACGCUAUGAUGACCCAUCGAAAGGUUCAUGCUCAGGAUCACUUUCAAUUCCGAUGUAGCUUUUGCGAUCGAAAGUUUGCAAAGGCUAAUGAACUUGAGUCGCACAAUAAAUUGCGCGGGAGAGCCUUCCAGUGCGACAUGUGCUGCCACAGCUUCAAUAAGGCGGAUUAUCUGGAGAAUCACAACCGGAGAAACCACUGGAAGGAGAUGGGUUUGGAACAGUUGAAAGUUGCUCCGCCCAAGAAUGGUUGGAAUCGGAAAGGUGUUCCCAAACCGAAGAAAACUGUUACCGUGAGUGAACCCAACGUAGGAGCAACUGUGGAUCGAGUAGACAGCUGGAAUGCUUCGGGUCAACCCACAGUGCAAUCGUACAUUAUUUAUAAUCCUUCUCAGGAGUUACAAUCAGCAUGCGACCAGAAGGCAGUGGAGUCUACAGAUUAUAAUGCGUCGGAGCCCCAUCUCGAUCAGUUUAAUUCAAUUGUGACAACAAUAACGACCAAAAUAGAACCGGUUUUGCAACAAGAUGUAUCCGAUAAUUUGAGUUUGGCUUACAAGAACGAGUCUGAUAACUCCGACCAACAAGAUGAGGUGGAAUCGGAAGCAAAUGCCGAUUAUUCAGCAGAUGACUUUGGUUUGAUUAAUGAUGCUGAAGAUGGUUAUUUGGAAGAGGAGUCGAACUUUAUCUCGAAUGUGAAAGAGGAUGUGGCGGUCAAAGAGGAAGCAAAUUCUACGAAGGUAGAAGCUAUUAAACUGGUUAUCACAAAUGAUAGGGUUUCAGAUCUAGGGACGGAAGAAGUUUUGGCCGAAAACACAUUAAGUGAUGCUGAUAUAAAACAAGAUGAUUCCUGUUCCGAUUCGGAUGAAGAGGUUCCCCUAGCUAAUCUAUUAUCCAGACGACGAGGUUUUCAAGUGAAGCAAUCGAGUGAUAGUCUUGAUAAUUCCCAGGAAAUGAAAACUUCAAUCAUUAAAGAAGAACAAACAGAGUCGAAAUAUAAAUUUGAAAAAUCUUCCUCGCCCGAAGACGAUCGGCAUAUGAGAUCAUCCGACGAGAUUAGUGAUAACCCUAAUGUGAAAAAGCGGUCGUACACUAGAAGACGAAGACGUCGUGUUGUGGAUGAGAAACAAAAAGAUGAGAAAAAUCGGCGUAAAAUCUCUUAUGCUAGGAGGGAAAUGAUUUGCCCAUUUUGUGGUGAUUCAUUCAAGGGGCGGAUCGCACUGAAACAACAUAAGUCAUCCGUCCAUCCGGAUAUGAGAGGACAUAAUGGACCUUUCAUCUGUGAACUCUGUGGAAAAUCGUACGCAACUGCGGCCUCAAUGGUCGUCCAUCGGGGAACACAUGAGGCAUUCCAACGGUACAAAUGUGACGAAUGUCCCAAAGCAUUUACCUAUCGAUGCUAUCUGGAAAGUCACAAAAGAGCGGAGCAUCUGCACGAGCGGUUGGUUUGCCCUCUCUGCGGGAAGCAAUUCAAGUACAGCCAGGACUUGAAGGUUCACACCAAGCAGCACGAGGACGAGAAGCCCUUCAAGUGCGACCAGUGUCCGUCGGUUUUUCGGUAUCCCAGUGCGUUGCGAUGUCACAAGGCACUGCACGUGGAAACAGUGUUCAGCUGUGAUAUUUGCAACAAAGAUUUCAAAUAUGCAAACAGUUUGCGCGUCCACAAACGGCUUCACACGGGCGUUAAACGUUUUCGGUGCGAAAUUUGUGAUCGUGAGUUUCACACCAAGGCACCGCUAGUGAGGCACUUGGCCACCCAUUCGGUGGAACGUGAGAUGAAGUGUGUCGUCUGCGAUAGAAUAUUCUACAAAAAGAUCGAACUCGUCAUUCACCAAACCAAGGAACAUCCAAACCAUCCGAUGAUUGGGAAAACGGUGAAAAUUCAUACCUGCCCUGUGUGUGGGCAGGAGUUUACCAAGAAAAGUAACCUCAAGUCGCAUUCCUACAUUCACGGCGAAACGUACAAAUUCAAGUGUGAUCUUUGUGAGGACCAGAAGUUCAAACAACACGCAGGAUUGCGGCAUCACUUGACACAUUUUCACAAGCUGGAAGUUCGAAAAAGAAAGCCCAAGGAGGAGAGGGAGGAGCAGGAGGGGGACAGUGUUGUGAAGGCUGAUGAGGAGAUUCGUUCUACGACAGAAGCUACGCUCACACCGGCUGUUAGCGUAGUUCACAAUGGCGUUGAAUUUAUAGUGCAACGGAUCGAGUUUGAGUUAAAGUGAUUUUCUAACAUUUACAUGUGUAUGGUACAAGAUAUGAAAGACAAGUGAAAUCAUUCUACGAAAGUCCUUGCUCGGAUAUAGUCCGCCUGUAUUUGUUCAUUAAGUUGAAUGAUUCGAUGUCAAAUCUAAUGAGUAACAAUGCUCAACAAAAUCAUAUUCGAAUUAGGAUAGUCAAGGGACUAUGAAGAAAUUCA